AUGGCGGGCCAAUUCGAUGUGAUCCUCUUUGGUGCCACCGGCUUCACCGGUUCCUUGAUGCUGCAGUACCUGCUGCAGAAGGGCAACGUGAAGUUCGCCAUCUGCGGCCGCAGCCGCGCGAAGCUGGAGAAGGCCAUUGAGACGGCGAGCUCGAAGCCAGAGAUUUUGGUGCUGGAUGUUUUGAGUGCAUCACAUGAGGAGGUCAAGGAGGUGGUGAAGAAGGCCAAGUGUGUUUGCACAUCGAUCGGUCCCUUUGUGGAGUGCGGCGAGCCACUCGUGAAGGCCUCUGCCGAGCUGGGAGUGGACUAUGUCGACACCAGUGGGGAGAGCACCUUCAUGCGUCAGAUGAUCGAGAAGUACGACGCCGUGGCGCGGCAGAGUGGCGCUCGGAUCGCGAUCCAUUGCGGGCAGGACUGCGUGCCCUGGGAUCUGAUGGUCUGGAAGCUCUGGAAGAUCUUAGGCUCCGACUUCACAGGAAUCAAGAUCUUGAGCGAGAUCAAGGGCGUGCCCAGCGGAGGAACCAUGAACACCGCCAUGCUGAACAUGCGGCAGAAACCCAGCAAAGGCUCUUUGGGUUUCGACCCGCUCUACCUGGCUGAUGGGAAGAAAUCGGAGUGCUUGACCCAAGUGGAUCUUCCCAGAGGCAGCCAAUUUUAUGCGGAGGCCCAGCAGAAGGGCGGUCCUUGGAUCAUGGGCCCGGUCAUGGCCAAUGGCAUCCGUCGGAGCAAUGCAGUUUUGAAGAUGGUGCCGAACCUGAAGUACCACGAGGCAGUCUUGGAGAGCAGCGACUUUGGCUUGUCGACGGUGGCUACCAUGGCCUUGGGCAUCUCGGUGUACCUGCCCUUCACCCAAACGUGGUGGUACAAGAUGGGUCUUUUGCCGGAACCGGGCGCUGGACCCAGUGCGGAAGAGAUGGAGAAGGGCUUCCUGACACUCACCGGAUAUGCUGAAACCAAAGAGAAGAAUCCCAAGUGCAAGGCCGUGAUGAAGUUCUACACCGAUCCGGGCUACAAGGACACGGCGCGGAUGUGCGUUGAAGCGGCCUUGGCUUUGGUGGAUUUGCCGAAGGCACAAAAGGUUUCUGCCUCGGCUUCUUGGCCGCGGCUCUCCUUGUCCUCUGGCUCCAUCUGCACUCAGGGCCUCCGGGAUCUCCACCUGCUGCUCUUGGGCAGCGCUUCGACCGGGUUCCGACCCCUUCAUUGCGCCUCUCGGCGUAUUUGCAUGAGCGCUCAGGCCGCUCUCCACAUCUUGAUUGAGGCUGUACGAGCAUCCGCUCGCGCUCUACGGGGCCUAGCUGACAAUCUUGAGAGGGCUGCUGCCGCAGCAGAGAGGGGGCCAUCCGCUGGAUCUGACAGGGUCACCGAGGUCUCCACCGACACUAUCGAUUGGGACCUGGUCACUGAGGCAUUGGAGGCUGAAAGAGAUCAGCGCACCGGUGCCCCGUGCACCAACUUCUCGAGCUACCACGACGUCGAGAAGAGCAUCCCUCCCUUGCCUGAUCACUGUGUGGAUCUUUGUGGCCGUCUGGGUGGCACCAUUGAGGACGUCAAGUCCCGAGCUACUCGAGCUUGGAUUGCCGGUUGUUGGGCAAAGGCCACCUUGGAGGGCAAGAUCCCAAAGCCUCGACCUACUCCAAAGAUUGCACUGCAGGCCACCACCUACAUCAUCCUCAAGGGUCCAGGCGUUCAGCGACCGACCAGAGUCUCUUCAGCGGCAGAGUAUUUCAAGCUCCUGCCACGCUUCGAGAACUCCGUCAGCCGAGCAGUAGAGAUGGCGACAGGUGGCCCGAUUCAGUUUUUGGACCAAGGAGUUCUCCAGACCUAUGUGAUGGGCUUGGACCUCACUGCAUGGGAUGGGGAGUGGUCGGAGAGUUUUGCAAUCGCAGUUUUGAGCCGGCAGUCGGGGGUUCUGAUUGCAGUACCAGAGGGAGCUUUUUCUCCGGAGGUUCUCCAGGCUGGAGCUUUUGCAGCGAUGGACGACCUUGUAGGCCCGUCGACGAGGGUGACACUGCCUGCUGUCUUCGAGGAGUUGGACGGGACAGAAACACCCCACACAGAAGAUAUUCCAGUUGUUUUGGUAGACUUCCACAAGAACAUCUUGGAGAGCAUUCGAGGCUUCGACCCAGUCACAGAAGGACCCGGCAUCCGUUGUUUCUCGCCACCACACAUGGAAAUUUUGCCAGAGUCCAAUCCCCUACUUCUUGCGGCUUACGCCUAUGUGGAAGGGGGUACAGAGGGAAGGACUCAAUUCUAUUCGGCAGAAGAGACACAGAUUCCCCCCCUGCCUGUGACCCCGGCACCAAAGGCCUCCUCGAGGCAGCCCAAGGCGAAGGCCUCCCCUGGUGGGGUUUCCACUCCCAGAAGGGUUACUACGGCAACGUUAGCCGAGCAGUUAGCAGAGAUCUCCAAGGUGCUCCCUGCUAUGUCCUCCCAGCUGGAGGCUAUGACCCAGCGCCAAGACAGGGUGGAACGCCUGAUGAGCUCUGCCCCUCAAGCCUCAUCCAAGGAGCCCCCGGCCCACAAGCAGGACUUCCCUCUGGUGGGGAAAGGAUCGCCCAGACCAUCCGCUCUGAGAUUUGUCUCCAGAGUGGGCAGCCCGCCAAGGUCCAGACCACUGGCCGAUGCAAACCCAGAGCCCCGGAAGACCGUGGAAUUCACGAACGUGGACGAACCUCUCGCCCUGCCCUCAGAUCCAGACUACCCCGGAGGAGAACAGGGCAUUCCAGCUCUUCCACAACCAGAGGCACUCUCUGCGGCUCUGUUCCAGCAGUCUCAGGCCUUGACGACUCUUGUGGCUCACUUGGCGGGUCAGGAUGGCAUGGAAUUUGGCACGACAGCAACAAGCUCAGCCCUCAGUUUGAAGGGUUCGCUGAAGCGGGACAAGCUGCUCAGGGACCUGGCAGAGAGGCGAGGGAACUUUUUCCUCAAGGUGUCACAAAAUGCCUUCCGGCGCCUCAGGCCCUCAGAGCCUGUCCCUCAGGAGAUCGCUGCCCUUGGAGGACGUGCCCUUUUCUCGAAGUACAUGGAAAGAAGCGGUGGCUACUCUGGUCAGAGAGAUCUGGGCCUCACUAUGUGGCUGCUCAGCCAGAUGGCGGAUGCAUUCCUGAACGGAGAUGCGACCGGAGCCCAAGAACUGCUAGCACUGACUAUGGUGACUUUGGAGCAGGUGGCUCAGGACUCUGGAAAGUGGGAAGUAGGGUGGAUCUUGUCACUGCAGGAGGAUCCUCCUCCGGGUGUCUUCCAAGCAAGGCCCAUCACGACGAAUCCCAGGCUCCGAGCUUUUGCCCCUCUUUGUCCGCCGGAGUGGGCCACCACGGCAUUGUCCUAUGUCAAGGAGGUCGACCUGAUAAACUCCAGGAGACAAGAAGCCCUGCCAGGAAAGAAGAACCAGCCUGGGAAGGAACAGGACGACCAGGUCCGUCUGGAGAGCCCCUUUGCUGCGCUCCUCUACUUCAGAACGGUCCAGAACCUCCUUUGCGACGUUCUUGCGGACUACCUUCUGCAUCACAAGACUGCAUCCUUGCAGCUCUUCAAAAGCCUUGUUCCCGCUUGCUUUGCUAGCAUACCUCAAGGAGACCACCUUGGAGUAGAGAUUGCCACAGAAAGCCAUCGAAACUACCUAAUCUCCAGAGGCCUCCUCCAGGAAGAAGAAGAGGUUAGAUCCGGCCACCCUUACCUUGGCCAAAAAGUCGCUUCUGGCCUCGUCAUCGAUGACUUCUUUUCCAUCUCCGUCGAGGAUGUCGCAGAUGGAAGAUGGCCUGAUGAAAAGUCUGAGUGGAUAGACACUGCUCAGGCACCUCAGGGAGUCAAACAAGUCCUCCUGGCAAGAAAGGCCUAUGCUGACGCGGGCCUUGAAGGAUCGCCUCUCAAGGACCUAGUCGAUGAAGAGAAAGGCAAGAUCAUUGGGGCCGAGGUUGACUCGUCAUCACUGACCAGGUCUCUGGGGCUAGUUCUGGUCGCGGCUCCAGUCCGAAAACGCCUCGCUUUGUCCUACAUCUCCUUGGAGCUGGCAGCAAAGGACACGACUUCCGAUGCACUGCGUGCUUGCCUGAUUGGUGGAUGGGUGUCCGCUGCGAUGUACCGAAGGCCCUUCAUGUCGAUCCUUCAAAAGGCCUACAAGAUCCAGAUGUCUGAGGUUGACCAGGAGAGGCCAAAGACAGUAAAACUGCCAAGAUCUGUUGCAGAGGAGCUCACACUGUUGGCGGUGCUCUGCCCACUGAUGGCUUCCGAUGUUUCUGCUCCCCUACAGCCCCGAUGCUAUGCUACAGACUCUUCUGACGGAAAGGGGGCAGUCGUCUCGGCACCCGUAAGUGAGGCAAUGUCUCGAGCUCUUUGCCGGUCUGGUAGAAGGAAGGCAAGUUAUGCACGAAUGCUGUCUAGGUCCGAGGCCAUCCUCAAGAACAUUGAUGAGAUGUACGAAGAGGGUCUUGAAGAGACUCAGGGAGGCCAAGAUGACAUUGACCCCGAGAGACCAGUCGCUUUCAGGUUCCACUUCCUGGACAUCUGCGGGGGUGCUGGUAAGGUUGCAGCUGCAGUUGCGAAUUAUGGCUGGGUGGUUGGCCCAGUCAUUGACCUGGAUAGGUCCCCGCAUUUUGAUUGCUAUGACAGACCCAGAGGAUAUGAUCCACUUGACCCAAAGACUCUGCAAGGUACAACCAUGGCAUUGCGAGCCUUAUCGUUGAUGAUGAUGGCGGUCAGGUUCAACGUACCUGGGCUGCUUGAGCAGCCAAGAAGAAGCAAGAUGAGAAAGCUCCCGGAGUGGGAAUUCCUAUGUUCGUCAUGGGGCGCCUCAGAGUCAAUUACCGCCUCGUGCAUGUUCGGAUCCAUCCACAAGAAGGAGUUCGUCUUCCUUACUUCAAGCCUCGAUACCUCUCUCCUGACUCGCUCCUGCGAUGGCCAGCACAAGCAUAUACAGAUUGCAGGCAAGUGGUCAAAGCCCUCAGCUGUUUACACCGAUGAGCUUGCCGCAGCCCUGGGACAGUCUUUCGACAAGGCCCUCACAAAGAAGAUUCGAGGGACCCAGUCCGUCGAGCCCAAGCUGACAGGUCUUGAGAGCCCCCUCUGCAAUGAUGUCCUACUGUCGGCCAAAUGGAAGGUCGACAAAGUGUGGUCUUGGAGAAGUCCAAAGCACAUAAACAUUCAAGAGGUCCUUGCGGCUGAGAGACUGAUGAAGGAACAGGCCAUCUCUUGGCCAAAGUCACGCUUCCCCGUUGUCAUGGAUUCAAACGUGGGCAUGUCUGCCCUGGUCAAGGGCAGAUCACCAUCAGAUGGCCUCCGACCCGCCUUGAGGAGGGCAGGGUCCACCAUCGUUGCAGGAGCCUUGUCUCCGGCCUACCAUUUUGGGCCCACCAGACUUCUACCAGCCGACCACCCUACCAGAGACAAUGAUUUCCCUCCUCCAUGCAGAAGCUGCCUGCCUCCUGAGGCGACGUGCACCGAGCUCUUACAGUUCUCAAAGGUUUCAAACCUGGCUCGAAAAGGGGCAAACUGGGUUCGACUGGUCCUUCUCCUUUUGCAAGACCUGCCCCUGUGGAGCCAAAGUAAGGAUUCCUGGAGGUUUGCUCAUGUCAAUUACAAGCACUACCCCUUCAACACCCAGAAGGUGGAUUUCAGCCAGAAGGAGUUUGACAGCACUUGUGGCUAUCCCGGAGAAGGUCCUACUGCUGGAGGCUCUCGAGUGCAGUUGAUGCGUUGCCCUGCUUCCGCCCUUCCCUUUGGAAUUCCAGCCCUGGUUAGACUUUUUGGGGCUUUUGUUGCCCUGGUUGGAUUUCUUGGGGCCUACAUCAGCCUUGCCGCUUUUGUCUUAACCCCUGCCUUGCCGAGGAAAGCUGCGCCUGUCCAUGUCCGUAGCCGUUUUCGGCCGCGUUCCUCCUCUCUGACCUUGUUCAGGCAAGCCAAGCUUCAGGCCCUCCUUUUGGCCAUCUUGUUCCUGGAACACCCAGGCCUGGUAGCCGGCGCGCCCCGCCAUGGACUGAAGCUGCAGCCCAGAGAUGCUGCCGACCGCGCGCGACAAGAGACAAGAGGUCAGCUAGAGCUGCCCGAUGGCAGACCGGUGCUGGGACAGACCCAGCGGCAGAGAGACAAAUUGAUUGGGGCCUUCGAAGAAUGGCUUUGCUCGCAGGGCAUCCUGCUGGAUGAGAUCCUCAUGGUGGGGGCCCCUGACGUCGAGGCCCUCAACCUUCUGCUGGAGAGGUACGGCCGUGAGCUGUAUCGAGCGGGACGACCGUACGGUCACUACAGUGAGACCGUCAAUGCAGUGUCGGCAAAACGGCCAAGGGUUCGGAGAUUGCUCCAGCCGGCUUGGGACCUGGCCUAUAGCUGGCUACGCCAAGAACCACCAGUACACCACCUUGCGCUCCCAUGGCAGGCGAUGCUCUCAUUUCUCACUACAUUGCUCUGCUGGGGUUGGUGCAGGGUCGCUGGCAUCAUCGCCCUAUCGUGGGGCGGGAUCACACGGAUCGGAGAAUCCGUAAAUGCCUUCAGACGAGAUCUGGUCCUCCCGUCUGAUGUCAACUACACGAUCGACUACGUGCUCCUUCAAAUAGCUGAACCAAAGACCCGGUUCAGAUGUGCUCGCCACCAGAUGGCAAAGGUGGAUCAGCCUCAGUUGGUCAGGAUCAUUGUCACGGCCUUUGAGAACCUGCGACCUGACCAACGACUUUGGCCGGCAUCGGGAUCAACGAUCCGGAGCCGUUUCCAACGCCUGGCCCAGGCGAACUCCCUCGACCACCUCCGGACGAAGAAGGGCCUGGACCUUGGCUCGUUGAGAGCAGGAGGAGCGUCAUGGCUCCUGAUGACCUCCGACAACCCAGACAUGACAAGGCGCCGCGGGCGCUGGAUCAAUGCAAAGGUGAUGGAAGUGUACGUGCAGGAAGCCUGGGCAGUUCAGUUUCUGCCACAGCUUCCAAAGUCCAUCAAAGAGGGCAUCAUGGAAGGAGCUGGUUUGUUUCCGUGGGCUUUGGAGCUUGCGGAGAUUUGGAAGAGGGCGGCUGUCCCGGAGUCAGCAUGGCCCAUCCUUUAUCAGAAGGCGGCUCGAGACCUUGAGCAGCAAGAAAUGGGAAGGCAACACCUCGAGAAGGAAGAGGCGGGAGAUGGAGGGGCCGCUUUUGCCCAUUGUGGGCGUGUGCACCCUUCGCUAGAUGCAGAAGAAAAGAAGUGCGACCAGCUUGAUGAGUUGACCUUUAACUCAGAAUGCCCUGUUCGCCGCUCAAGCUUCUCCCGCAAAGCCGCCCACCCGAGCCGCUUCUGA